AUGGCGCCUCGAUUAUCCCUCUUUACAGCCCGCGCAGUGCCGUUCAGGACGAAACCUACGGUGCCCCAGAAAAGACUUGCUCCUACUCCCGGUCUCCUGCAACAGCGCGCAGCGAGCGAUGAUGCAGCGUCCAAGGACCAGUCCCCCAAAAAGACACCACUCCACCCCCAGGCAAAAGGUCCCACGAUGGACCAGUUACCUCAUGUGACAGAAGAAGCUGUGGCAAUUGACAAGUCGAUGGGGAAUACGCCUCCGGACGUGGAACAGGGGACGCCAGUGCAGGAGAUCUUCCAGCGCGAUAAAGACGCCCAAGACAAAGCGCCGCAAGUCUUGAAACAAGCCCUCAAGCCGGACUCGGCCAGCAGCAACCAGAAGGCCCCCUCGGGCACCCGUUCCUUUUCGACCGCGACCAGGAGGAAUGCCGCUGGGUUGGAAGCCGUUCCAAGCUUGGGCGGAGGGUCAUUAGAUGGCUUGGUUCAGUUUCAGGAUACACGAGUCGUGGGCCUGGAAUACCCGGAGGCGGGCUUCGGGCACAAGUUUGGCCUACCGGAUCUGAAGCCGCUGGGCAAAGCAGUCAACUUCAAGAGAAGAUACGAUCCUGUUGUGGAGCAGGUGACACGGAGUCUGAUGAGGGAUGGCAAAUUGGGUCGGGCGCAGAAGAAUAUGCAGUUCAUCCUCGAUGCCUUGCGAACGUCGUCUGCCCCUCCCACCAACAAAGACCUCAUCAGCCCUUUGCCCUUGCAGUCUCUCCCUCUCACACCAGUCGCCUACCUGACCGCCAUCAUCGAUUCCGUCGCCCCUCUUGUCAAAAUCCGCCAGCAAAGAGGUCUCCUGGGUGGUGGUGCCUCCAUGCCCAUUCCCGUUCCCCUACGCCUUCGUCAGCGGAGAAGGACAGCGAUUCAAUGGAUAUUGACGGCCGCGGAAGGGAGAAGAGAAGACAAAUUGGCGGAGCGUGUCGCGAAGGAGCUGUUGGGGGUUGCUGAGGGUCGGAGCUCUGCGUGGGAGAAGCGAGCACGGAUUCACAAGAUGGCCAUCAGCGCAAGAGCCAACGUCAAAAUUGCGGCGAAUGGGAGGAGGACUAGGACCAAGAGUAUUAGAGGGAAGUGA